ACACAACCAACUUUUUCUUCUUCCAGAACGCAUGCAGCAGCUGCCAUGCAUGCACAAUCUCAUCAUGAUCUCUCUUAAUUUCUCUACUUUCAUGCUACUAUAAAACCCCAAAAUGGGGUUGCUUUGACUACGUACCACUGCUUUUUGUUGACAGAUCAGGUGGCAAAGUUACAGGGAGAUCGAGGUUUCAAUUUCAAUGGACAAGUUCAGCUUUGCUCAAAAUGGUGCAGUAGUGACCAGAUUGCCUCCCGGUUUCCGUUUCCAGCCUACAGAUGAAGAGCUCGUCUUCCAGUACUUAAAGUGCAAGAUCUUCUCCUGCCCGUUGCCUGCCUUAAUCAUUAUUCCUGAGAUCAAUGUCUGCGAUUACGAUCCUUGGGAUUUGCCAGGUGAUUUGGAGCAAGAGAUGUAUUUUUUCAGCCAUAAGGAAGCAAGAUAUCGGAAUGGGAACCGAACCAAACGGACAACUAAUUCUGGUUACUGGAAGGCAGCCGGCUCAGACAAAAAGAUCUUAUCUUCUACAAAGAAUCACGAGGUGGGAAUGAAAAAGACUCUGGUUUUCUACAGAGGGAAGCCCUCCCUAGGAUUGAGAACUGAUUGGAUUAUGCAUGAAUACCGUCUUGUCGAUGAAGGAAUUGCAGCUUGCAAUUUCUCACAGAAUUCUAUAGACCAAACAUUGGACAAUUGGGUUCUGUGUCGCAUAUUUUCGAAAAAAGGAAGUAUUGAAAACAAUGAUGUUAUUAUUCAAAGGAGUUCAGAGAACAAACUACUUGAGAAUGUCGUGGACGUAAUGGCUCAGCCGAGAUUAUUUGAUUUUAUGAUGGAAUACAAGACUGAUGAUUUGGGUCCUGUUUCUUCGAGUUCCAGUACAAGUAGUAUCACUCAGGCGUCUUCGAGUGGAGCAAAUCACGAAGAUUAAGGCAGUGCCUGCAACACUACUUAACUAGCAGCAUGCUUAUCAUUUUAUGGGAAAAGCAAGCAAUUACCUCUAUAUAUAUUUUCAUUUGUCUAUGUUAAUUAUAUUAAUUAACUAAAAGAAGUCGAUCUUUCUUGUACGUUGAAGGAAAACAGAUCCGCAAAAACUAGUACUUCUAAGCAGCUGGGAUCAUCAGAUCAA